CCCCCACUGCCUGACGUCUUAGGCACCAGGUCGUCAUGGCGGCGCGCGGGAGCCGGGCGGUGUGGCGGCUGAGCGGCCGGGGCUGGAGUCGGGCCUUGCUGUCUCUGCGGCCACCUUGGGGCGGCUGGGCCCGGCCGCUCUCCACCGAGAAGCCGAGGGCGGACACGCAUUUCGGCUUUGAAACAGUGUCGGAGGAAGAAAAGGGGGACAAAGUCUACCAGGUGUUUGAAAGUGUGGCCAAAAAGUACGACGUGAUGAACGACUCAAUGAGCCUGGGGAUCCACCGUGUUUGGAAGGAUUUGCUGCUACAGAAGAUGCACCCUUUCUCUGGGACUAAGCUCCUUGAUGUGGCUGGAGGCACAGGAGACAUUGCCUUCCGAUUCCUUAAUUACAUCAAGGCCCAGAACCAGAGGCAGCAGCAGAGGAAGCUGAAAUCCCAUCAAAAUUUGUCCUGGGAAGAAAUUGCCAAGUGGUACCAGAAUAACCGGAGUAACCCCUUGGGGGAGUCCCACGUGGUCGUCUGUGACAUUAACAAAGAAAUGCUUAAAGUUGGAAAGCAGAAAGCACAGACGUUAGGCCACCACAAAGGCCUGGCUUGGGUGGUGGGCGAUGCUGAGGAGCUGCCCUUCCAUGAUAACAAGUUUGAUGUUUACACCAUUGCCUUUGGGAUCCGAAAUGUCACACACAUCGACCGGGCACUUGAGGAAGCCCAUCGGGUCCUGAAGCCAGGGGGCAGGUUUCUCUGUCUGGAGUUUAGCCAAGUGAACAACCCCAUCAUUUCCAAGCUCUAUGACCUCUAUAGCUUCCAGGUCAUCCCAGUCAUGGGAGAAGUCAUCGCUGGGGACUGGAAGUCUUACCAGUAUCUGGUGGAGAGCAUCCGGCGUUUCCCACCACAAGAAGAGUUCAAGGAGAUGAUUGAAGAUGCUGGCUUCCAGAAGGUGACCUACAAGAGCCUCACAUCGGGCAUCGUGGCCAUACACUCGGGCUUCAAGCUGUGACUCCACUUCAGCUCAGCCCCACUGGGUGGUCCGGCGGAGAAGGCCAGGGGAUGGACAGGUGCUGCUCCCGGUCAGAGCUGCAGCCCGAGCAGUGAGGGGCCCGAAGCGACGAGCGGCCUCGGCGAGGGAAGAUGGCUCGUCACUUCCGAUGUCAGCUGGUGCUUCUUGGGACCUUUUCCCAGGGGCGGCGUUUGCUUGGUUCCCGUGUAACGCCUUCUGUCGGGUUUUUUUUUGGAUGUGCCGUGUGUGGGUGGGAGGGGCGGAAAUGAGCACAGAAGCUCAGACUGGAGCAGGCUCUUUCCUCUGCCUCCCCACCACAUCAUGCAGAGGGAAAGGAUGGACCCUCGUGGGGGAGCGGGAAGGAGGAACCUGCCCAAGGCCAAGGGUGGCAGUGGUGGUGGCGGUGGCUCAUUAAACGAGUUGACUUGUCAUGUCUGAUUUCCCUGCCUUCCUUUAGACUUUUCACAGGUGCCAGGAGGGCUCCCUACUGAUACUUGGGACUAGUGGCCUGAAGUUGUGACAGCUCGGCUGGCCCUCAGGGCUGCCUUCUCUGCAGAGGUCAGACUGGAUUCUGGGUACUGCAGAGCAGAGUGGAGUCAUUCAAAUUCAUCAGCGUUACCCCUCGGCCUGUUCUUUUCUGCCUUCUCUGGGCCAGUUUUGUCCCCUGUAAAGAGGUGGGAGUGGGCAGGACACCAGAAUCUCCAGAUUUACCUUGUCCUGUCACUCGUCAGAUUGAAAGCUUUCAGCUCCUGAUUCCGUGCAGAGCACUUUGCUUUUGGCAUUCAUUUGGCUAAGAAAACUAUAGAAAGGCUCCUGGGUGUGCCUUGUCUGGCAGCUUCCAUGUGGGGAAUAGUAGUGGAAUUAUACUUGAAAGGGCACAAAGAUAAGCUGCAUCACAGCCGUGACCUGUUGUUGGCGCCAUCAUUAUGCCUGACACCCAAAUUCCUGCCUGUGAUAGUCAUUUUACUGUAGAGCUUGUCCUACCUGUAUCUUGGAACACCCGUGAAGGGAGAUGGCAGGAGUUAGAUUGCUUUGUAACAUAUAUUGACCGCAAAGGAACAGCAAUUAAAUCUCGAUCAAACGUU